AUGCAUGAGAAUGGCAGAAAACACAAGGAAAAUGCCGAGAGAUUUUUAAGCAAUGUCUACCGACGUGAAGAAGAAGAUCAGAAAGAACAAGAAAGAAUAAAGCGGGAACUAGAACGAAUAGAAAACGCCGCAAUGCGACAGUAUAAGAAAGAUGUUGCCUUAGCAUUACCGGGUUCAUCACUGUCUUCACUGAGAACAGCUGUUAACGCCACAAUGACUGGGAAAGCUUCGACAGCGGAAGAAGACGCAUACUACAAUACGCCAAAUGCCGAUAAUUCCUUUUCCCAAUCGGUAGCAAUACCGAUCUCGACAACUGACAUAGAACAGGUUUCUGAGGUAACCGAAGAAUUACCCCAAAAUAGUGGUACCGAGGGUGUCAUGGGUGAAUGGCGGCCUGUCACGCCUCCCCCUCGACCGCAAUCGAAGGGAGACGAUGAAGAGAGAAAACAUGGAGACGAUAAGGAUGAAGAAGCAAAGGUGUUGGAAGAUGAUGACGAAGACGAUCAUGACGAUAUAAGGAAUUUCAAACUUGUUGAGAAGACCAUUCCUUUAGAACCUGAUCUUGAUGAGAAGGAUAAAGAGGAUAAAAGUGUGACUUUUAGAAAGAGAAAAUUAGGCACCGCAGACAAUAACUUAUAG